AUGGCCAUGCUUCUGCUGUCGCCGCCGCGCCCGGCGCUGGUCGCAGCUAGCAACGGCACACCUACCUACGACAGAGGGACCGAAAACGACGCACUCUCUAGACCAAAGCAACCGCUGAACGCCUCUCCCCUCCGCUCUAGCGCCAGUUCCGCUGUCCUCUCUUCUCCACUGACUCUCAAUCGCCGCAGGGGCCUAACCACCGUCCGGAUACAAAUUAGCCCCUGA